AUGAAGAAAGAAGGAGGUGGUCUGAUUUUAACUCUAACAGUCUGCAUCUUGGGGCUUUAUGCAUCAUUCCUUACAUGGUCGGUUUUGCAAGAGAGGAUUAGUACAAAACCGUAUGGAUCGAAUCCAGAUACAGGUAGUCCAGAUUUUUUCAAGGCUCCGUUGGUGAUAAAUAUUAUACAAGCCUUAUUUGCAUCUAUCGUUGGGCUUAUAUAUUCCCUAGUUUCAUCCCGCUCGAAUCCAUUAAGCAUUUUUACCCAAAAUGAAAAGCCCGUUGCGUUGAAAUUCUUCAAAUCGUUCGUUAUAAUAUCGCUUACAUCAAGUUUAUCAUCUCCUUUGGGUUACGAAUCAUUAAAACAUGUUGAUUAUUUGGCAUACUUGCUUGCAAAGUCAUGUAAGUUAAUUCCAGUAAUGCUAGUUCAUUUUGUGCUUUAUCGUACUAAGUUUCCAUUAUACAAAUGCGCUGUAGCAGGAUCGGUUACACUUGGUGUGAUAAUAUUCACAUUAUCUCAUUCUUCAACAAAGAGCAAAGCUGAUAUUAGUGAUGGAAAAACUGCCUUGGGCAUGGCUCAAUUAAUAGGUUCCAUGCUAUUGGAUGGGUUAACCAAUUCUACCCAAGACCAGUUAUUUAAAUUGAAAGGGUCGACACCUAAUAACAAACAUACAAAGUUAACGGGGGCAUACUUGAUGUGUAUCUUGAAUGCAUUCAUUUUUAUAAAUACAUUAGCUUAUGCGCUCAUUUUCAAAUAUCAGUCUGAAAUUACAUAUACUGUCAACUUUGUCCAUCAUUACCCUCAAGUCAUGAUUAAUAUCUUGGAAUUUGCAAUUUUAGGUUCAGUAGGUCAAGUGUUUGUUUUUGUUAUCUUAGAAAAGUUUGAUUCCUUAAUUCUUAUCACUUCUACAGUUACCAGAAAAAUGAUUAGUAUGAUAUUGAGUGUUGUCUUGUUUGGUCACCAAUUAAACAGCUUACAAUGGUGUGGCGUUGGAUUAGUAUUUGGCGGCAUUGGGUACGAAGCGUUAGUUAAAAUGAGUAUGAAAAAGACUCCAUCUACUAAGAAGAAUCAAUAA